AUGGCCCUCGCCCUCGCUGCUCCCUUCCUCGAUACGACGAACGCCGGCGCCUUCUCCUCUCACCCGCGCACCCGCAGACACACUCGUUCCUCCUUUUCAUUACUCACCAAGUCGGCCGCCCCAUGCACCCUGUCCCUCGCCAACGUCAGCGCAUCUGUGGCACCUGCAGUCGAUCUGCCGGCGCAGGCGCCGCUGAGCAUUGUCCCCUUCCCUGGCGACCUUGAUAUCCCGGAGCCUAUGUCUCCGAUACCUCAGCAGGCACAGGCGCGCCGUCGUGCGAACUCCCUCCUCGCGCCCACACACUCCCGCCGUCGCGUACGCCGCGCCUCAUCCCUCUCCCCACUGAAUAAACCCCGCGCAUCCGCGAACAGCGACCUGCAGCUCAUGCGUCUCGUGCAACGUAUCCUUGCCUGCCGUCUACGCAGUCGGUCUCCAAGCCCAGCCCCAGAGGCGGGCUCGGACGAUGGCAUGGACGUCGACGAGCAGACGUCAAGCGACGUUGCCGAGCUCCUUGCUGCGCAGGAUCGUCUCCUUUAUGAGCGUCUAAGCGCGCACCUCGCGAAGCGCGGCGGUGCCUCAUACGACAGCAGCGGCGACCUCUCUGCCACCCCUCCUCAAGUCGUCGCCUCUCUCAUCAUGCGCCAUAACGACCGGUCUGCGCUGCGCGCCAGGUCCAGGUCUAGGUCGUCUGCGAUGCGAAACCGUUCCCCGGCGCGGAAGUACACUCCGAGACGCGUCACUUCCCCCCUCGGUUCGGGCUUACAGGCAUGA